UUGUACCCUAAAUAAAAUUGUAGCUGAGUAAGCAUGAAUAAAAAAGGCUAAUGAUCCCUGUGUAUGACAUCUAUCAAAAAGAGCACAGCAAAUUAAAAAAAUCGAUUAUCGAUCAUCAUGAUCAUCGAUGGACUAUAUCAACGGGUGUCUUCAUUUUAAAUCGCGCAUCCGCUAAGUACUGUCUGAGGUAGAUGUGGAUCUCUUCUCUCUCUGUCUCUCUCUUCCUCAAUUUUGUAAAAGUCACACCAGCCUAACUGACCGUCUUAACUUUGUGGAUAUUUUUUCUCAAGAUCGAUGAACAAGUUGCAAAAUAGAAGAAAAAAUUUAAUUAUGGACUAUAUAUUCAUCAUUGGAUUGCUAAGUAAAAUAUGUACACAUGUUUGCCUAGGCAGCACUCAAACGGCUAGGGUGACUCUAUAUACAACACCCAUAACUUGGAACGAAGCACAGCGAUUCUGUCGCGCCAUCAAUCAGACAUUGUUGACCAUUACUUCUCAGAAAAGACUGGAUGCUUUAAAAUACUUUUUGACCAAAGAACCAUGGAAUUCAAUCAGGGAGCCACAAUUCUGGAUUGGACUCCAUGCACCAUUUAAGAAAACGAGAUCUCGCUUUGAAUGGGAAGGUUCUUGCAAAGAGCCAUCAUUUGCAUUUUGGGGAAAGACCCCUCCUGCCACAACAGACUACAGAUAUUGUACGUACGGCAGUGUGAAAAAAUUACGAGUGAAGUUUGAGACAGCAGAUUGUUUUCAGAGUGAGAAAAUGUUUAUGUGUGAGGAAUCCCAUGGUACCUGUCUAUUUGACGUCAAACGAAACGCCUUUGGAAACAUCAUGGCAUCACUACACAUAGAAAAUGCCAGCGUUUCCAUCUGUAAGAUCGCCUGUAAUAAUUUCGUCUCAGAAACUGGUCAUCGCUGCUCUGGCUUCAAUUACAAUGACGUCAUCAAUAGUUGCGGACUAAUGACGAGUGACAAUUUGUAUCGUCUGGAUAAGUACCACCGUCCAUCCGAUUCCAAUCACCAGAUGUUCAUCAAAAGAUGCGACAUCCAAGCUAAGCUGGAAACAACCAACACAUACUUCCGUCGGUUGUGUCCCUUAGGCCCCGUUAGUCAGUGUGCUGUCAGUAGACGCUUUUGCAAUGAUUCUUACGAUGAGAAGCUACCAGACUUUGGAGAAUGUGUUUGUAAAUGCAACAAGCCUACAACUAAACUAAACCUGACUCAAAUUAUUGAAAACAUCGUAGACACCAUACGCAUCCCUCCCAAAAAUACGUCUAUCGCCAUCAGACAGAAAAUUUCUGUAGAUGACACGCGCAUGAGCUCGCGUGGUAUUGGAUACGUUGCCAUAGCAAUAAUGUCCACCAUCUUUGGCGGAAUCAUUCUUAUGGAUCUGAAUACCUUAAGAAUGCAUUUUGCGUGAUGAUAUAAGUAAAUACCAGGCAGUACUUUUGUCCAACCUAAUAGAGAAAAAAGUACCUUUAUAUAUAAAUAUGAGGCAUUUGCCCAAUAUACAUAUACA